UUCCGCUUCUGCGCGGUGGCGGUCAGCUGACAGAUGUUUGCCGUCUCGGAUCGUGAGGCUGUGAAAUAAAAACACCUGCGCGAUCAGAGCCGAUCGGCGCGAUGAGUGCCGGCGCCCCCCGAUCUCUGCCCUCCUCCGGACAGAAGUCCAUCCAGGACAUCUGCCACCCUCUGUCCGCCGAGGAGAGCGCCCUAAACCCCGGCAGCGCUGCAGAGAAGGACGUGAGCAUGCCCAAUGGGACUCCAGUGGACACAUCAAGCCCCGCCUCCUCUUCGUCUCUGCUGAACCGACUGCAGCUCGAUGACGAUCUGGAUGGAGAAACGCGCGAUCUGUUUGUGACUGUAGACGACCCAAAGAAGCACGUGUCUACUAUGGAGACGUACAUCACCUACAGAGUCUGCACAAAGACCACCAGAACGGAGUUUGACCUUCCUGAGUACUCUGUAAGACGACGCUACCAGGAUUUCGACUGGCUGAGGAACAAAUUAGAGGAAAGCCAACCCACCCAUCUUAUUCCACCUUUGCCUGAGAAGUUUGUCAUGAAGGGAGUGGUGGACCGUUUCUCGGAGGAGUUUGUGGAGACCAGAAGAAAGGCACUGGACAAGUUCCUCAAACGUGUAGCAGACCAUCCUGUGCUUUCUUUUAAUGAACACUUCAAUGCAUUUCUCUCAGCAAAGGACUUGAAUAAGCGUCAAGGCCUGGCUCUGCUGACUAAAAUGGGGGAAUCUGUGAAGUAUGUGACGGGCGGCUAUAAACUGAGGGCACGGCCGGUGGAGUUUGCUGCCAUGGGUGACUAUCUGGACGUGUUCACACAGAAACUGGGCACCAUUGACAGGAUAGCGCAGAGAAUCAUCAAAGAGCAGUCAGAGUUUCUGAUGGAGUUGCGAGAGUACGGGCCGGUCUACUCCUCUUGGUCAUCCUUUGAGGAGGACCUCCAUGAUCCUCUGGAGGGGGUUUCGGGGUGCGUGUCGAACUGCUCCAGUGCUCUGGAAGAGCUCACCGAGGACAUGAGCGAAGACUUCCUCCCCGUGCUCAGAGAAUACGUCCUGUACAUUGAGUCCAUGAAGAAUGUGCUGAAGAAAAGAGACCAAGUUCAGGCUGAGUAUGAAACAAAGUUGGAGGCAGUCGUGUUCAGGGAGGACAAAAAGACGCCGGUGCCCACUGACGUGGAGAAGUGCCAGGAUCGUCUGGAGUGUUUCAACGCAGACCUGAAGGCUGACUGGGACCGCUGGGAGAACAACAAACGACAGGACUUCAGACAGCUGCUGACCGGCAUGGCUGACAAAAACAUACAGUACUACGAGAAGUGCCUUGCAGCAUGGGAGUCCCUCAUUCCACUGUUACAAGACAAACAGGAAGCAAAAGGCGAAACGAACUGAGCGUGUUUCAGCCUUUCUCCCGACCACCGGCGACCGCCCAGAGCUCGUGAUCCAGGCUGUCCUCGGACCGGAGCUUUCGCGAGACGGGACGCUGCUAAGAGCGGACGAGCUCCGAGAAUCCAUUUCGUAAAGUGUCUUUAUUUGUCAAAGCCCAUCCAUCCAACCACCCCUCUCUCUCUCUUUUUUUUUUUUUUCUUCUGAAGCUCGGACUGGAACUGCAGAAGAAACUGUAAACGCUUCGGGAAACACUAAAAGGAUCGGGUGAGGCGGAUGAGAGACGUUUUUGGCGACGUCGUCAAAUUUGUAGUUUUUAGUCAGAUGUUUGCCGGUUAUCCUUUUUUUUGUAAAUGCUUGUGUUUUGAAGCUGAUCCGUCCAAGGGAACCGUGACGUCAGUGUUUCGUUUUUUUUUGGUUCACGUUCACGAAGAGUCCCGUGGAAGCUUUGCCAACAUUCCUCUUGCCAAAGAUGUGGAACUGAAGUUUGAUAUCUCGGUAGUAGCGUCCGCCUUUGUUUUUUUUUUGCUCUCUCAGAAGAUGUACUGGAAACCGGCAUCCCUCUAAACCCCAGACCGGCCGUUCCCUCGUUACACUCUAAAGCUGUUGCGUUGAAAUGAAGGUUGUUUUCCAGCCAUUCUUGACCUCAUUAAAUAUUUAUGACUAAAGAUGCGUCAUAAUGAUUUGUGCUCGUCUUGGCGGGGCAGGAUCUGUGGUUGGGUCGUCUAGUUUAAUGCGAGGCGAAUGUAAUGUGGGACGCUUCCUGUCAAACUCUGGGAUAACAACGAUGUGUUAUACGAAUCAACGAAUCUGAAAUCCUAGAAGUUUUAGUAAAUGCGUUACGGUUAAUGUUUUCGGCAGCUGUUGCGUUCAGUGCAUUUUACUGUUCGAAUGUUUGGGGUCGGUAAGUUUAUUUAUUAUGAAUUUUUUUAUAAAUUAAGUCUCUUUUAUGCUUACCGAGGCUGCGUUUAUUUAAUCAGAAAUGCAGUAAAAACAACUAAAUAUUAUUACAAUUUAAAAUAAUUUUAUUAUUUGAAUAUAUCGCGAAAUGUGAUUCAUUGCUCCAGUCUUCAGUGUCACGCGAUCCUUCAGAAAUCGUUCUAAAAUGCUAAUUUGCUGCUCAAGAAACAUUUCUGAUUAUUAUCAGUGUUAAAAAAAACAAUCGAGCUGCUUCCUUUUUACGGGAGCCGACGUACAUUUUAUUUUUAGCGAAUAUAAAGGUCAAAAGAACAGCAUUUAUUUGAAAGGGAAAUAUCUAUAUAACUUUAUUGAUGUAUUUACUGUCACUUUUGAUCAAUUGUUAGGCUGCCUCACCGAAUAAAAGUAUUAAUUUGUUUAUAGACCCCAAACUUUUGAACGGUAAUAUUCAGCACUGACACUGUAGAAUUAUAGAUGCCAAACCAACCAAACACCUUUUCUUUUUAAUAUUCCCGAUGCAAAGUGUUCCUGACCAUGUUUUUGUGCGUUUCUCACAAAAACUGUAGAAUGUCUUGCUUUUGUUUCAGCCCUUAAUCAAAACAAUACUUUUUUAACAAAGAAAAUGAAGCCUAUUUCAAGUCUGUUUAAAGGCAUAUUUUAACCAGAAAUGUCAACCGAAUUUUCAUUUAUGAUUAUCGUUUGUAAUUGCUAUUUAUUAUAAUUAUUAUGAUUUUUUUUUUUGCAUUGUACUUUUUUAGGUUUUAAUAUUUUUUUUAUGUAUAUUUGAUGUGAUUUCAAAUUGUAUUAUAGACGUGUUGCAUUAUAAUUUUUCAGUAAAAAGUGGCAGGGAAAGCUUAAUUGCUUUAUUAUGGACGUUAAUGAAGAUGGGAAUGAAAAUUAGGCUUCAUUUUCGCCAUGUUUUUUUUUUUUUUUUUUUUUUUCAAAUUAUAAAAAACAGGCAUUUGAUGAGAUUCACCACUACCGCAGAAUGAAAAAAGUGCUAAAGUAAAAAAAAAAAAAGUGAAAUCAAUUUGUGUGUGUGUGUGUGUGUGUGUGUGUGUGUGUGUGUGUGUGUGUGUGUGUGUGUGUGUGUGUGUGUGU